UGUCUCAGGAGACGUAGAUGUUGCUUACGACGACGGCCAGGCCGCACUUUCCCCUCUCGCCUGCGGAAUAAGACUUUUCUUUACGCCUUGGGCGAUCUCCAUCCAUCCGUCGCGCUGCCUGCCUUGAUUGCGCCGGCCCCUAGGCGCAGACUCCCUUUCCCGCGGCAGCGCCACAGCCCCCGCCGCGAUGCAGGUUCCCCACAACUGCUGAAACCGGAGGAUCUUGGAAGGUCAGAGAAGGAUCGGAAUCCAGGUCUCGCAGGGCUCCAGUUGUGGGCCGCUACCUAAGGUGACAAGGCGUUUUUCCUGCGCGCUCUCCCAGGACCCUCCCGACGCCCCCUCCGGGCAGGCGCUCCAGGUGUUCUUCCCAUCUGACAGGGGCAAUGAGGGAGGGCCAGAAGGCGAACCCCAGUCUACCACCCUUCCCCCCACUAAACAAAAGACUGGAGGACCCCCAGCUAAGGCCCCGCUUUAUGGCAUUUGGACAAAGCGGGGAGCGCCUCCCGCCCUUCCCAGGCAUCCCAGCGCCGGCUCGUUGCCCACCCCUCUAGCUCCAGCACUCGCCUCCUCUCCUCAGCUGCCCCGCCCCCACCUGUUGUGGGGGAGGGGCACGGGGCCGGGGAGAGCCCUGGAGUGACAAGAACACCGACUUCCCCUAGCCUCCUCCCUCCAAGCUCCGCCCCAUCCACGCGCACCUCGGCCAAUCAGGGACCGCGCUCCUUCGGUGACCUUUUCCGGGCCCCGCCAGGCUCCCGCCCCCUCUUGCCAGCCUCAUUGUCGCUCGAGGCGCCUGAGGUGAGAGCAUCUUCUUCAGUGACUUCAGCCGCCGGAGCAAGAUCCGCCACUUAAGGUCCCCCGGCCCGAGGCACCCGCCGUCCGCCAUGGACUACGAUGAAGGAAUAGAUCGGGAUUAUGGCCAUGGAUUUUAUGGAGGGAUGGAUCGUGACUAUGGCCAUGGCUCCUAUGGGGGUCCAAGAUCCAUGGACUCUUACCUAAACCAGUCCUAUGAUAUGGACAAUCAUAGUGGUAGUGGUGGUGGUGGUGGUGGUGGUAACAGGUUUGGACCUUAUGAGUCUUACGACUCCGGGUCUUCUCUGGGUGGGCGAGAUCUGUACAGAUCUGGCUAUGAUUUUAAUGAACCCGAACAAAGCCGCUUCGGAGGUAGUUAUGGUGGUCGAUUUGAGAGCUCCUACCGGAAUAGCCUUGACUCUUUCGGAGGUAGAAACCAGGGCGGGUCUAGCUGGGAAGCACCUUACUCCCGUUCAAAAUUGAGGCCUGGGUUUAUGGAGGACAGAGGAAGAGAAAGUUACUCUUCCUACAGCAGUUCUUCUUCACCCCAUAUGAAGCCUGCACCUGUAGGCUCUCGGGGGAGAGGAACGCCUGCUUAUCCUGAAAAUACGUUUGGAAGCAGAAACUAUGAUGCUUUUGGAGGACCAUCAACAGGCAGAGGCCGAGGCCGAGGACAUAUGGGUGAUUUUGGAGGCAAGCGUAAACCUGGAAUUAUUGUAGACUAUCAUAACAAACCCAGUAAUGUAGCAGUUGCUGCAAGAGGAAUCAAGAGAAAAUUGAUGCAACCAUCUAAUAAGCCUGGAGGAACAUUUAUCAAGAAACUCAAACUGACAAAAGUGAUUGAGAAGAUAAACCAGAAAAAAUCACCUACUAAAAUGACUCCUAAAAGUGAAGAAGAGAAACGACGAGUAGAAAUACGAAGAGAGAAACAAAGGCGGAGAAGAGAGAAGAUCAGUGAAAAAUAUGGUGAUGAGUACAGGAUGGCGUUCACAUGUUCAUUUUGCAAAUUUCGAACAUUUGAAGAAAAAGAAAUUGAGCUUCAUUUGGAAAGUUCUUCUCACAAGGAAACCUUAGAUCAUAUUCAGAAACAAACCAAAUUUGACAAAAUAGUUAUGGAAUUUUUGCACGAAUGUAUGGUAAAUAAAUUCAAGAAAACAUCAAUGCGUAAACAACAGACGACGAAUGAUUCAGAAGCUGUCAAAGCGGUUGAAAAAGAUGUAAUGGAAGGGGUUACUGCAGAUGACCACAUGAUGAAAGUAGAGACUGUGCACUGCAGUGCUUGCAGUGUGUAUGUACCUGCCUUACACAGUUCGGUUCAACAGCACUUAAAAUCUCCUGACCAUGCCAAGGGGAAACAAGCAUAUAGGGAACAAAUAAAAAGAGAGAGUGUCUUAACUGCAACCAGCAUCUUGAAUAAUCCAAUUGUAAAAGCACGGUAUGAACUUUUUGUUAAGGGUAAGAAUCCUUUUGAAGCUGCAGAUCCAAGUCAAGAACAACAAGGAGAAGAAUCUGAUGAGGAGGAAGAAAAGAUUGAUGAGCCUGUGGAAGAAGAAGAAGAAGUAGUAGAAGAGGAAGAAGUGGAAGAAGAAGAGGAAGGAACAGAAGAACAAGUUGACUUCAAUAGUGAACAGCCUGAAGAAAAUUAACUACAUGAGGAAUUAGAUGUACUAUUUCUCCCCCUAAAUUGACUAAGAUUUUAAAAAUAGUAUAAAAUUAGUUGUUUAAUACUCUGUGCAUGCAUUCCAUGAUCUUUCAAUUUAAAAUGUUUUGAAUUUGUUUUACAAAAAUGAAGGGUAAGACUAUUUUAGUAAAGUUUUUAUAGUAACCAAACUUAGAUCUGGUAAGUUGUUUGUAUAAUUUUGUUUUGCCUUUUUUUUUUUUUUUUUCCACUUUAUGGUUGUUGACACUAAGAUGUGUAGUAUUACUAUGUCUACUGUAAUCAUUUUAUUAGAAAUGCUGCUCAUGGGAGUAAAUAUUCAUAAUGUAUAAAAAAACUUUUGAAUUAUUACCCCUUUGAGAGAUGAUUGGGCCAGAACUUUUUUUCCUUUAAGUAUGGCUAUUUUUAGACUGUAUUACUCAGUGUAUGCUUAUUUGUGUUAGAGUAUACACUUAAAACUUUUUUGGACUAUGUGUCAAUUUAUAGUAGUAAAUGUUUUUUAGAAACAUUUUUUCCUGAAGUAAUAAUUUUGAUCAACUGGAAUUUAUCAAUGGGGUAUUUUCAAAAUCAAGAUUGUGUAGCUUCAGUAUUCAGAUAUUGAAAAUUUGUUGGAUAGAACUUCAUUUGUAUCAGUAAUCAAAUUUUUGACAAAUAUAGAGCUUUCCAAAUUUCAUUUUUUCCAGCAUAUAAAAUUGAUUUUGAAUAUCUUGGUGAUCUGUUUAGAGAUUUUUAGUUUAGUUUUUUUUGUGUGUGCCAAACCUUGAUUUCCUUUUGAUUGUAUGUUUAAAUACAGAAUUGUAUCAUAGCUAUUAUGAGUUCCUUUGUCAUGCCACUUAACUGACUGAUACAUUAAGAAUCAAACUGUCAUAUUUUUGUGAAUAUUGUCUCUUUGGAAUAAAUAAUCACUGAAUUUUAAAA